GCUGUGACCACUUCCAGUGGAGAUGAGCUGGCUGACUCGGCAGGAGGCUGCGUACCAAAAAGGGAGGGUGAAAUGUGCUGCCUGCCAAAGCAGCAGCUGGUGAGAAGGCGACUGGACUGUACAACAUCAGUGCACACAUGAUUGGUGGGGAAGCGCGAGCCCAGCUUCAAUCCUUGUCAAUGGCACCUCGUUGACUUUUAACACUUCCUUAUCAUGUCUGCACUCACCUCGUAGCAGUACUGAUAAAAUGCCAUCACUGGUGUAAUCUCCUGAGCAGCUCUGCAGAAAAUGCUGCAGAGUAUGAGAGCCUGAAUUGCCUGCAGCCGACAACUGGUGUGGGACUCUGAUCCAGACCACGGCGAGCAACAAACGGAUACUCCUGCGACAGUUCUCCUUACGGGUUCAACUAAGGACCCCUGAAUAUAAAACCACAAGCAACUACUGAGCAGACAGUAAGAAAUGGGUGACUGGAGUUUCUUGGGGAACAUUUUAGAGCAGGUGAAUGAGCAGUCCACUGUCAUCGGGAGAGUUUGGCUCACAGUGCUCUUCAUUUUCCGCAUCCUGAUCCUGGGGACAGCUGCCGAACUCGUAUGGGGAGACGAGCAGUCAGACUUCGUGUGCAACACCCAGCAACCUGGUUGUGAGAACGUCUGCUAUGACGAGGCCUUCCCCAUCUCCCACAUCCGGCUCUGGGUCCUACAGAUCAUUUUUGUAUCCACGCCUUCGCUAGUGUACUUUGGGCAUGCGGUGCACCAUGUCCGCAUGGAGGAGAAGAGGAAAGAGAGGGAGGAAGCCGAGAGGCGUCAGCAAGCUGAGGUGGAUGAAGAGAAGCUGCCCCUGGCUCCAAAUCAAAACAAAUGCAACAACCCUGAUGGGACGAAGAAGUUUCGCCUGGAGGGGACCCUCCUAAGAACCUACAUCUCCCACAUCAUUUUCAAAAUGCUCUUUGAAGUGGGUUUCAUAGUUGGCCAGUAUUUCCUGUAUGGCUUCCGAAUUCUCCCCCUUUACCGCUGUGGGCGGUGGCCCUGUCCCAAUCUUGUGGACUGUUUUGUCUCCAGGCCCACAGAGAAGACCAUCUUUAUUAUGUUCAUGCUGGUGGUGGCUUCUGUGUCCCUCUUCCUCAACCUGGUGGAGAUCAGUCACUUGAUCCUGAAAAGGAUCCGGAGGGCACUGAGAAGACCAGCAGAGGAGCAACUGGGGGAGGUGCCAGAGAAGCCCCUCCAUGCCAUCACAGUCUCCUCCAUCCCAAAGGCCAAAGGCUACAAGCUGCUAGAAGAAGAGAAGCCAGUGUCCCACUAUUUCCCUCUCACAGAAGUAGGGGUUGAGCCCAGUCCCCUUCCGUCUGGCUUCAAUGAGUUCGAGGAGAAAACUGGGAUGGGGCCACUGGAAGAUCUCUCCAGGGCAUUUGAUGAGAGGUUACCAUCAUAUGCACAAGCUAAGGAACCGGAACAGGAGAAGGUAAGAGCAGAGGAGGAAGAAGAACAAGAAGAGGAGCAGCCAGGACCUCAGGAAGAGCCAGGGGUGAAGAAAGCGGAGGAGGAGGCGGCGAGCGAUGAAGUGGAAGGGCCUUCAGCACCUGCUGAACUUGCCACUGAUAUGAGACCCCUCAGCAGGCUAAGUAAAGCCAGCAGCCGGGCCAGGUCAGAUGAUUUGACUGUAUGAGGCUGCAGAAUACGGGGAGCACAUGAAAAGGAAAACGAGGAAAAGAAAGAAGAGAGAAAGAAUCAAAAGAUAUUUUAAGCAAAGUGCUAAAUGGUCAUUUGAAUAUUAUUUCCGCUUGAGAUUCUCAACUGGAAAGGUACUAUCAUGGUAACUGUGCCUUAUUUGCCCUAUAUGUCCAUUUGAAAAGGAACAUUUUCCCUGUUUCCACAUGCCAGCUCAUUCCUUACAGUAAUAUCUACACUGUAAACAUAACUGAUAUCUUUUAAGACCAAACAUAGCAGUGAAACCCAAAUGUCACCACUGUGAAUGUACUUACUGGAAGCUUUGUGUUCCAAAUUUUUCUAGGAAAGUGGGGAGGAUUUGUCUCAUGAGCCAGCUAGGGGGACAGCUGAUAUACGACCAUAUCUAGUAUUUCUCUUUCUGUUUUCACCUAUUGCAUACUGAGCAGAUCUCCCCUUCGCUGUUGGCAUGGAAUUGCAUUUAUUUAAUUUACAAAGUGAAUUCUGUAUUUAGCAUCACCACGCUAUAAUAGUAAGCACUAUUUCCCCUCUCUAUUCAGAAAGCAAAUGCCAAAAAUGUCCACAACUUGUUUAUACAUGCAAAUUUGAGUUAGGUAAAAAUAUUUUCCCUUUUUUCAAAAAUAUUUUUACUCUUCAAGUGAUAGUGACAGUGGGCGAGGUUAACACUAGCUCUCUUCUAGGAUUUAGCAGAUGCCCACAGAUGGAUUCUUUGUUCCCAAGAGGGUCAUCCAGCCCCAAGCCUACUUCAGAGCACUGGGAAGAAUAAAUUCAAGUGAUAUAUUUUUUACUUGUAGUCUUGUGACUUAAAGAUCUGAAACUCGAUUUAGCAAAGCAAACGUGGGAAGUUUUCUGUGAAAGGAGGGACAGCUACAGUCCCCAGAGCAUGAAACCAAAUACAAGCCUUCACAGAACGAUCCUGACAUGUGCUCAGUUCCUGGAGCUCCCAGACUUACAGGCACUCAGCAAAUCUCAGGUAUGGUGUCCUGAAGGCACCUGUGAACCUAAACCACAGGUCUGGGUGACUAUGUGACAAUUUAAACCUCUGAAUACAAAACUGGUUGUUCUAGUUUGUAAAGUCUGAUAAGAUAAUAGUCUUUUGACAUCCUUUGUUUUUAAUUUGACAGACCGGAGCCAUCCAGCGGUCUACUUCAACAUUAAACGCCAAAGUCUUGAAUAAAACAAGACCUUUCAAAAGAUCAUUUAGACCUCUUGUGCCAACAGGUCUGUGCAGAACUCUCACAGCCUCAGUAAAUCUUUUUGGUUACAAAAGGCAGAAAAGCAUGUGCUUGCAAAUGUUUAAAUGUCUGUGGAUUUCUAUUUUUACGACUGCAGCAGCACCUUUGGGCUGGGACAGUGCAGAAGUACAUUUAAAAGCUUUAGGUUACCAGCUGUGUCCCUCCUAAAACUGAGCCUCAUGCCAGAAAAGUGCAGGUAUGCACUCAUUUGCUCUGCUCUGCAAACCUCAGACCCUGCCAGCUCAGCGAAUUCUUUCUGCUGGGCUGCAGCCCAUUCCAUUGUUCCCAGGGCAGGCCCUAAUCCAGGUCAUGAAAAAAACAGUCUUUGGCACAAUGCAUAAAACUCAUCCUGCCAUUAGCUAGAAAAGACCCCCUGCCGACUCCCAUUGUAGCAGGGCUGACUCAAAACCCACUGAAGUCAAAUGGGUGUCUGAGAUGGAUCUUGGGUGGGCUUGGACUCGCACGAGCUGUCCAGUUCUACUGUGUCCCAGCCCAGGCGACCCCUGGUACAAUCACCUCUGUCACUGAUGUAACCUGCUUGGUGGAGGUCCCAUUCCUUGUUUCGCAGCUGCCAUGUUCUAGCACAAAGGCGGCUGAACUUCACUGAUGUGUGAAGUAAGCUGUACAUAUGUAGAAAGUUUGUAGGGUGCGUUGGGAUUCUUCAGCACCGUAGCGGUGCCAUGUAUUUUUUACACUAUUAAUCCUUUUGCUCCCCUUGGGACUGUGUAUUUUCCCAAGGUUUGCAGCCCGCGGUCAUAAUCUUUGCUCCUUUGAGAAAGGCUGCUAGGUUUUUAAGAGAGACUUUGUGAAGGAAGACUGGAAGGUACCUCCUCAGUUUUGGGAAAAGAUACGGCAAAGCAAGAUAUGUGAAGGAACAUACAGGGGGAGAAUUUGGAAGCUACCAUUUACCCAUUCUCUUAAUACAGAAACAGAAGAACGGUUAACACAAAUGAAAAGCACCUAGCCAAACAAAAAUGAGGAAAGAGAGUUUUUCAGAAGGAAAAAUGCAUUCAGCUCUGGGGCCUCCAACACAAGAAGGACAUGGGCCUGUUGGAGUGAGUCCAGAGGAGGGCCACGAAGGUGAUCAAAGGGUUGGAGCAUCUCUCCUAUGAAGACAGGCUGAGAGAGUUAGGGCUGUUUGGCCUGGAGAAGAGAAGGCUCCAGGGAGACCUAAUAGCAGCCUUCCAGUACCUAAAGGGGGCCUACAGGAAAGCUGGGGAGGGACUCCUUGUCAGGGAGUGUCGUGACAGGACAAGGGGUAAUGGCUUUAAUCUAAAGGAGGAUAGGUUUAGAUUGGGUAUUAGGAAGAAAUUCUUUACUGUGAGGGUGGUGAGGCCCUGGCACAGGCUGCCCAGAGAAGCUGUGGAUGCCCCAUCCCUGGAGGUGCUCAAGGCCAGGCUGGAUGGGGCUUUGGGCAGCCUGGUCUGGUGGGAGGUGUCCCUGCCCAUGGCAGGGAGUUGGAACUGGGCAGUCUUUAAGGUCCCUUCCAACCCAAACCAUUCUGUGACUCUACGAGCAGAUUCCACUGUGCCCAAUACUCUACUAGAAUCCUACAAAGAGGAUCGAAUGCAAAUGAACAGCAAAACCACCACAUUUAUACUAGAUGGGAUGUAUUACCUUUUUUUUUUUUUUUUUUUUCUUCACAGAGAAGAUAAAAGAAGAGUUGUAAUAGGUCUAAGCAUAAAAGAACCUACUAAUUGAAGGGUGUUGGAAACACUUCCCUGUAGGGAAAAGAAUAACCUGUAACCAUUCAGUGUGAGGUAUCUUCUACUUUCUUCAGAACAUCUGACCCUUCCAGAUACCAAUUUACCAGACUAGAUGAACAUUCCCUCAACCCCCAUUUUCUUCUAAUUACUUGAAAAGUCCUUUUACCUGCAAAAUAUUUUAAUAACCAUCCCUGUUCCUGACCUCUGACAUGCUUACCUUCAUUAGAUCAUUGGACUACUUAAAGAUGAGUGCUUAUUCAUCAGAGGUUUAUGAUUCAUAAUAUGGCUGUCAGACAGUCCAGUCUUUAAUCAUAACAUGUCGAGUAUGUCAUUCUUUUUCAGUGGAGUGCCUCGGUAGAAUAUACUACAUGCAACAUACUGAAUGGACACUCUGUAGUUGUUUCACAGCUGCCGCAGGAAAGCUCAUUUCUUCCUCCAGGUCAUGACAGUGCAAUGAAUUAAACCAAUGUUUUCCUCCUGCAACCCGUCAGCUGCUUGUUGAUUUCUUUCAAGCCGAUUUUUGAGUGCCCUGCCAGGCUGCUGAAGAAGCUGCAGCUGCCAAGUAUGAGCCACGGCAUCAAAGCAGCACUUCUCAGCAAACUGGGCAGGGAACUAACAGUCAGGUUUUAUGGUGUUCAGCCUCAUCUCUGCAGUGAAAUCACCGUGGGACUGUCAGCAAGUCAUUCUUCCUUGUACAAUCGGGAAUCAUUUUCUACCUCACAAAGACGAUGUGAGGCUCAAUAUAUUGUGUUAGUAAUAGAAUGGGAGGUCCUUGGAUGGAAGGCCCUACAGAUGAGCAAAGGAUUAUUUCUGGAUGUGAUAGAUAUAAAUGUAUUUUAUUCCCCCCUCAGUGAGACAAAUUUAAUCAUUUAUUCAAGAAAUUCCUAGUGAAGUUGCGUAGCAGCCUCAGAGCUAUGGAUUCCGAGUAUUCAAAAAAUAAUUAAGCAAAACAUAUAUAUAUAUAAAGAACAGGGAAAUUUAUCUUCUUGGGAAGGGGGAAGUCACUGGACAACGAGCCAGGCCUGGAUCAUUUAAAGGUGUGUAUUACCCCCUUGGCUCCCUGUGCUAAUAAAUCAUUAACUGAUCACGUGGCUCUCUGGAAGGAGCACAAGAUGCAAGUGUCAAAUUCACCAAAGGAGGUGAAAGUAGAAGAGAAAGGUAGUGUUAGCUUACAAUAGCAUGUGGGAGUUGGUGUUCUUAGUGUCUAGAGCAGUGGGCCUAGGAUAAUGAUCUUAGAUUUACUUCCAGCUCUGCUACUGACUUGCUGUGAUAAUCACUUUACCUCUCGGUGCCUGUUUUUUCCACCUGUAAAAUGGGUGUAAGAAUUUCCACCUACCUCACAGGGAUGUUGUGAGGCUUCUUUAAUUCUCUUUGUAAAGUAAGUAGGAAUGAUCUGAUGAAAAGCACUGCUG